UCAUAUAUUUAAGCCUAGUAAUGAAUUGCUGUCACUCUAUCGUAUAUGAGAAGGAUCAAAGCCAUAAUGAUAUAUAUAGCAGCUACUAGCUUAUCCUGUCCUUUCUGGUAUUCAUGAGCUUUCUUAAGUUCCUUACCAGCUUCUUUUAUGUUCGCAUUUGAUGCUUCGGCAUCAUGCAUGAUUGUUGUCACUAUUUCAUCUUGUUCCAUGAUCUUCUGUGAAAAGUUAUUCAUCAGUUCUGAAAUCUCUCGCAUUGUGUUUUGAGUGUCUUGUAUAUUAUCAGUAUCGUCAACUACUCUCUGCAUUAAGGACUGAGCCUGUGUCUGUCUCCUUCCAAUCUUUUCUUCCUCUAGUAAGUCUUCUUGGAAAGAACCUUUUGUAUUUGUAAUAGUUUUGCUUUUAUCUCUUUUGAUAGAAUCUAAUUGCAUUUUUUGAAGUUCUUCUUGCUGCUUAUUCUCUUCUUCCUCUUUUUGCUCAUCUCUGAUUUUAAUUCUUAAGUGAUUAAUUUUGACAUUUCAGUCGAGAAGUCGCUUCUUAUGCUGGCCUAUAAGAUACAUCAGGGAUUUUAGCCUGUCCAUAAGUGCAUUAAGUAUCCCAGAUUUAAAUAUCAGCUCAUCUUUGCUGAUCCUCUCUUCCUUGAGCAUUUCCUGUAAUUUAUCAAUUUCUUCCUCAUACUGUCUUGAAAGGGCUAUUUCAGUAUUUUCGUUAUGUAAAGAAUCGAUUAAUUGUCCAGCCUCAACCUUGCUUAUAUUUUUAUCAAUAUCCUUGAUCUUCUCCUGGAUGAUAUUUAUAGUAUUCUUGAUGCUGUAAUCUAGCUUGUAUGAAAAUACUAGCCACAGACUUUUCCUGCCUAAGAGCCUGUCUCAUAAAAGUUUAUGCCUUUUAGAAACACUUGUAUUUGGCUUCAUUGGCAGGUUGUAUUUUAUCUGACUCAUCCUUACAUGUCUUCUGAAGAGAGCCUCU